GUUUUGACAAUGAAAGGGCAAGGGGUACACACAGUCUAUCUUGAGCUCCUUGAAGGAAAGGCAAGAUAAAACUGAGAAUGAGUGCCUGUGCUUGCUUUAUUCCCUCCUCAUUUUGUGUCCCAUAUCCUAUUACGAUGUGUCUCUUAGAUGGUGCUUCUGAGGGUGGGGGCUGUCUUCUCACUGAUAUUCAUAAGCUGCUCUGCGAUCCGAUUUUUGGCAGAAAAACAGGACAAAAAUCCCCAUAAUAAUAGAAUGCAAGCUAUUUUACACUUCCUCCAGUAACUCAAAAAGGCACCUUUAUUGGAGUUUGGAUAAUGUUCCCGGGAACCUCAGGCUCAUGCCCGUCCCAUCCCGCCCACGCCUGCAAUGGGACGAUUCUCUGAAUCCCUUGCGGAUUAGCGUGGGCGGACUCCCAGUGCUGGCGUCCAUGACCAAAGCGGCUGACCCCCGCUUCCGCCUGCGUUGGAAGGCCAUUGUGGCAACCUCCCUGGCCCUGAUCCUUGUCCUGCUGCUGCUCUGCUUCCAGCGUUCGCCUUCGGCAAGCAGGCCGGUGCCUCUGACCGCUCACAACUGGCGUCUCGGGGCACUGCCCAGUGGGCGGUAUAAUGAUACCUACCCAUUGUCACCACCCCAGCGGAUCCCAGAGGGCGUGCGCUACCGCAUUGGACUCAUUGCCGACCUUGACACGAACUCCAAGGGCCCCAGCGAGCAUACCUGGUUCAGCUACUUGAAGAAAGGUUACCUGACCCUGUCGGCCAGUGGGGACCAUGUCUCUGUCGAGUGGGACACCCAGGACCAUACGCUGGAGUCUCACCUGGCUGAGAAGGGACGUGGCAUGGAGCUCUCUGAAUUGGUAGUCUUCAAUGGCAAGCUGUAUGCUGUGGAUGAUCGCACUGGCGUGGUCUACCAGAUCGAUGGCACCAAGGUGGUACCUUGGGUGAUCUUGUCUGACGGGGAUGGCACAGUUGGCAAGGGGUUUAAGGCUGAGUGGCUAGCGGUGAAGGACGAGCAUCUGUACGUAGGAGGCCUGGGCAAGGAGUGGACGACCACCACUGGGGAGGUGCUGAACGAGAACCCCGAGUGGGUGAAAGUCAUUGGCUACAAAGGUGAUGUGGCUCACGAGAACUGGGUUGCGAAUUACAACGCACUGAGGACUGCGGCGGGGAUCAAGCCCCCAGGUUACCUGAUCCACGAGUCUGCCUCUUGGAGCGAGACACUCCAGCGCUGGUUCUUUUUGCCGCGCCGCGCCAGCCACGGGCGCUACAACGAACAGAAGGACGAGCACUGCGGCACCAACCUGCUGCUUAGUUCCACACCGGACUUUGCCGACAUCACUGUGAGCCACGUUGGCGACGUCAUCCCCACCCACGGCUUCUCCUCCUUCAAGUUUGUCCCCGACACAGAUGACCAGAUCAUUGUGGCACUGAAAUCUGAGGAAGACGCUGGGCAGGUGGCAACGUACAUCACUGCCUUCAUGCUGGAUGGGCGUUUGCUUCUGCCUGAAACUCGUAUUGGUUCCGUCAAAUAUGAGGGCAUUGAGUUCAUCUAAUGGAUUGAAUGGGUGCUUUUGAGACAAGGCAGAUGAGCUGGGUAUGGGGAUGGGGCAGGAGGAUGUGCCACGGGAUUUCCCCUCUAACUCUGGCUCAGCAGCAAAGCAUGGUGGGACUCUGAAGUGCUCUUUCAUGGCAUAGCU